CCAAUCUCCAUUAAUUAUUGAGUCAUUGGCAGAGUUCGUUGUCAAGCAAGUAGUUGAGAGAGCUGCUGGAACAAGAACCAACACAAAACACGGCAUUUUACUAGAGUCUUUAUCUUCUAAGACCGGACAAGACCACAAACGAAGACCACCUUCAAAUUUCAAGCGUGAUUGAAGAUACAAGAUGGGUAAAAACAGCGGUUGGGGCAAGCGGCCCAACUAUGGGGUGCGACAUAAUGACGGCAAGCGACAUGACAAAGGCGUCCAUCACAGCGUAGACAAUGCCGCGAAGUCCAGCGGGUUUUCCAAGUCCAAUACCAAUUCGUCACAUGGAUCUCACAAUCGUUGGGAGUCGAAUCAGGGGAACGGUAAGUCGGUCGCCGUCGAUUUCUGGCGCAAUACUGGCACAGCAAAUUAAGACCAACACUACAUAUACAUAGAUAACUCAGUGAGUGUCAUCCAACAUCCAUUCUCAUGAUUUUCCUCUUCAUCGUCCCUCUCAGAUUUCGCUUCGGAAUUCUGCUGAGAAGAUAAAGUCAAUACGAAACGAACUAAGUCUAGCAUUCUAAGCAAAUGUCACACGCAAGGAGCCGGGGCAAAAAACUGUUACAGAAACGUAUCGCAAUCAAAGUUACAGCAGUCUCUGCAGUGGCUUUCAUCAAGGAUGGAAGACGAAGAAGUAGCGCUUCGGCCCCUAUGGAGUUGCGCCAGUAACGGACGAUACAACUUGUAUGUAAGUAUGCUAGUAGCAACGUUACCAUUCAAGACUCUAUUUUUUCGUUGGCUUCUUCUUUUUAUUUCCAUUUCAGCUCGUUUUUGCUUGAUUUCGUUGUUCAUCUUCUCAAUUGAUUCUUUGCGAGCAUCGUGCAUCAACAGCGUUAAAUAAAGUUGUAAGUGUACUAUUAGCAAUAGCAUGACAAGAGUAUCCCACCUUCUGAGUCCAAACUGAUGUCUGGGGACAAGACCACAGUGUCAGUCUAUGCUGGUAGUACCAGGGCUAGCCGUGGUUACCAAAUUUGCAAUUUCACAUGCAGAAAAAAUUCAAAUAUAAAUGAGAAGUAGAAGUAGAAUCGUAAGACUGAAUCUGAAAGGGUAACGAAAACGACCUAGCAUCUCCAACAACUUACCACAGCUGAAAGAAUUUUGUAUUUUUUGGCGCUGAUUAAAGUUGAUGGCUUUUAAAACAGAGUGUGAACGAGGUUGCCGGCUUGCUCUGACGCUAGAGCAUUCUCGAAGCAGAGUGGCGAAUCCAUCGGGCAAGUGUACUAUGCUG